UGCAGCCUGGAGACUCCGUAUACAGUCGAAAAUGUACCGAUUACCGAUCCAGGAUCAGCGCAUCUCUCCCCACUGCACAUUCUACACAUUUGGGCAAAAACCCGAGCCCUGAUCAGAAGUCAGUGCUCGGGGAUGCGAGAUAUCCGCAUUUGGGAGCAGCCGAACCGAGACUGACACGCUCGAGUCAGGGACAGGGAAGCCGUCCGAAAAGUGGUUGGGCGUGACGUCACGAGCUUUCCUGAAAGUCAACAACAAGCGCUAGCGGCAGAAGCGCAGCGGCGGUGCGAGAGGGAACUGCUGCCGCUCAUCACAUGCUGUGUCUAUCCUUUUCUGCAGGGCGACCGAAUAGACGGCAUUAUCCGGAGCAGCAACAGCGUUAGCACUCGUCUCCUGUUUAUUUUUGCGAGUGACUGUUUUUUCCCCUCCCGAUUCAUUGCUGCGGCGUAGAAAAGGGCACGAGCGUGCAAGGGACACUGUCGAAGGGGAGCCCCAGAGGUCUCCCCGUCACUGCCCGCCAGUCAGGCUGAGUCACCGCUGAAGAGUGGGAAGGACUGAAGAGAGAGAGAGAGAAGGAGAGAGAGAGAGAGAGAGAGAGAGAGGGAGGGAGGGAGGGAGAGAGCGUGCAGCAGCGGCUGAGGAGGAACGGCGUGUGUGUGUGUGAAAGAGAGAAAGAGAAGGAGACGCGCACGCGGUUGCGGACGGAGAGAGUGAGAGAGAGAGAGAGAGAGAGAGAGAGAGAGAGAGGGAGCGUGUGCAAGGGAGGGAGAGAGCGCGAGAGAGACAGCGCAGAAGAGGAGAGCUCACCCAUCCCCCCUGCAGAACUCCACCAUGAGCGAUGUCACCAUCGUCAGAGAAGGCUGGGUACAGAAACGAGGAGAAUAUAUUAAGAACUGGAGGCCGCGGUACUUCCUGCUGAAAACAGAUGGCUCCUUCAUCGGCUACAAGGAAAAGCCGCAAGACGCAGACCUCCCUUACCCCCUCAAUAACUUCUCUGUGGCCAAAUGUCAGUUGAUGAAAACGGAGAGGCCAAAGCCGAACACCUUCAUCAUCAGGUGUCUGCAAUGGACCACGGUCAUCGAGCGGACCUUCCAUGUGGACACUCCCGAGGAGAGAGAGGAGUGGAUGGAGGCGAUCCAGAUGGUGGCUGAUAAACUCCAAAGACAGGAAGAGGAGAGGAUCCAGUGCAGCCCCACGUCUCAGAUCGAUAACAUCUGUGAGGAGGAGAUGGACACCUCUACCAGCCACCACAAACGCAAGACGAUGAAUGACUUUGACUACUUAAAGCUCCUGGGAAAAGGCACUUUUGGGAAAGUCAUUCUGGUGAGAGAAAAGGCCAGCGGGACGUAUUAUGCAAUGAAGAUUCUGAAGAAGGAAGUCAUAAUCGCAAAGGAUGAAGUGGCUCACACACUCACCGAAAGCAGAGUAUUAAAAAACACCAGACAUCCCUUUCUAACUUCUCUGAAGUACUCUUUCCAGACCAAAGACCGUUUGUGCUUUGUGAUGGAGUACGUCAACGGAGGAGAGCUGUUUUUUCAUUUGUCGAGAGAGCGGGUUUUCUCUGAGGAUCGGACGCGGUUUUACGGAGCCGAGAUCGUCUCCGCUCUGGACUACCUGCACUCCGCCAAGAUCGUGUACCGGGAUCUGAAGCUGGAGAAUCUGAUGCUAGACAAAGACGGUCACAUCAAAAUCACGGACUUCGGCCUGUGCAAAGAGGGCAUCACAGACGCUGCCACCAUGAAGACCUUCUGUGGCACACCUGAGUACCUGGCUCCUGAGGUGCUGGAGGAUAAUGACUACGGGCGGGCGGUGGACUGGUGGGGGCUGGGCGUGGUCAUGUACGAGAUGAUGUGCGGCCGGCUGCCCUUCUACAACCAGGACCACGAGAAGCUGUUUGAGCUCAUCCUGAUGGAGGACAUCAAGUUCCCCCGAACCCUCUCCGCCGACGCCAAGUCCCUGCUGUCCGGGCUGCUCAUCAAGGACCCCAACAAGAGACUUGGCGGCGGUCCAGAUGAUGCGAAGGAAAUCAUGCGCCACAGUUUCUUCACUGGUUUAGACUGGCAGGACGUGUAUGACAAAAAGCUGAUACCUCCAUUCAAGCCUCAGGUGUCUUCAGAAACAGAUACCAGAUAUUUUGAUGAAGAAUUCACAGCGCAAACGAUCACAAUAACUCCUCCUGAAAAAUUUGAUGAAGAUGGUAUGGACUGCAUGGACAACGAGAGGCGACCCCACUUCCCGCAGUUCUCCUACUCGGCCAGCGGGCGGGAAUAAGACCGUCCAACGGCCGGUUGCUCGCGCUUCAUUGCCGUUCAAGGCUAUCACUGGAAAUAUGUUUACUCCCGUUUUUCUCGGUCUUUAUUUAUAUAUAAUAUAGACACGGAAUCCCGUUAAAGUCUCUUUUUUGUUUGCUUUCAUUGUUUUUACUUUUUAUUUUUAAGGGAGUACUUUUUUCUUGGAUUUUUAUUGUAAGACUCAGUCCAUAUUGGCUCCAAAUAAACACGUCUCCUACGUUUUCGACAUCGCUGACAGACUGCAAAAGGGGCGGUGUCUCGUUUGUAUUCGUUUCGGUUUGUAUCUGUUUGCUCACUGUUCUUUUUAUCUUUUUCGCCAUUUGUUGAACAAACCGAUCACUUUUCCUCGUAGGGAACAAAAACGAUACGCUGCCUUAUGCAUGUGUUGAAUUUUCAUUUCACAUUGGCGAUGGGUUGCCGUGUGGCUCGCGGAUCAUGAGAACUUUAACUCACAUUGCCGUCGUAUUUCCCCCUUGUGGCAGAAAAUAUUACUGCGCCCUGCUGUUACGCUUAAUCUCAGUGGAUUUGGGUUGUUUUCGCGUCGUUAGCUGCGGAGGUAUUGUAUUUGAAGUUACACGUUUUAUUUUGCAGAAAUGAAAACUGCCGUAAACUCAGUUCUUCACUCAGGCUACAAGUUAACGAGCACAUCUGUGUUCAACUCAGUUACAGGUUUCGCUUCGCUCACCUCAUUCAGCGGAGUUUGCUACAAACUAUUGCCAAACGCUCACUUCUCUGGUCUCACUCUAUAACAGUUUCUUAUAUCGGAUUUAGGAAAAAAACGGCAAAUGUUUCCAAUGUGUUUGUGACGUUUUAUGUUCUAACCUGUGUAUUAGCCACUCGCUAGUUGAGUUACUCAGAUCGUCAGGAUAUAACGUUAUGCAUCGUUAGGAUGGAAUCGCACUCUGGGGUAUCCCUUUAGUGAGCAUAGCGCAAAUGCUACUUAGUAGGCCUUUCGCAACAAAGUGGGUUUAAAGAUCCAUUGAAGCUGAUCCGCACGAACCCGAAUGAGACAAUGUUUAAAGAGAGAGAAAAAACUAUUAGGAAUCGCAGGUACUUAUCCUUCAGAGUCUGUCAUCGAUGGCACUGGCUUUCGAGGGAUGCUACAUAGGCCUAUGAUCGGGCUCAAAGCGGACACACCUUUCCUUCCUUUGAUGUAUAUAUGGAACGCUUUUUUGACGGACAACAUAUCAUCGCUAGACAUGAAAUAUCGUCUUAUUGUAUUAAUAGCUGGCUAACAAAACAAAACAAAGCAAAGACAACAACGAAAACAAAAAAAAAACGAAGGAGAAACUACUAGGACAUGAGAACGUUUUCAGAUGUUUGGCGCCGUUUACGAUCUGCUCCACGCUUCACUUAACGGAGGAAGAGGAAGAAGCGGUCAAGUGGAUUUUGGGACGAGGCAAAGCAUCCCAUUCUCAAAGUGCAAUCACAGGGGCUGUAUGGACAUUUCAUAUGUGCGCUGGAGAGAGAAAAACAGAAGAAACACUGGUAAUAUACUUUUUCUUUAAAAAAAAAAAUGGUUUUGGAUCUUUGUCUUUUUUGUGUGGGGUUUUGUUGGGCUCUACAUAUUUUCUGUUUUACUAUUAUUAUUAUUAUUAUUAUUUGCACCAGGGCAAAAAAACGGUUAUUUAUUUGUUGUUCCAAUUGAAUUGUUGAUGUUGUUUGGAGUUAGGAAGUAUUGCUCAGUCUUUUGUAUAAAAGCAGCUGGGGAAGGCAGAAGAAUGUAGCGGGCGCAAUGCUUAAAAAAAUUUUCACCUUUUUUAUUCUAAUUUUUUUUCAUCUUCCAUUUUGUUUGAUGUUUUGUUUUGUUUGUUUUCCUACCAAAAUGUCAGGGUGAGGACCCUGUGGGGGAGGGGGAGGGGAGGGGGAAGGGGGUUUGGUUGGAGCCCCCUGGUUACCAUGGUAGUAUUUAUUCUCAACAUUCCAUUCAGGGGCUUCACAUACUAAUGUAUUGAUUUAUGUGUAAAUGAUUUGUUUGCCUGUUUGUUUCUCUAAAGGGCUGAACAAGCUGUAAAACCCUUUAUUACGAGCAGCGGAAAGUAUCUGUUGUCUUUUUGGCUGUAGGGGUCAUUCUGUAAUCGUGUAAAUUCCAGUGUGUGAGCAGGGUACUGAAGCAAUUAGAGAAAAGAGACUUUGAACAGCACACCCUAGCAAUUCCCUUUUUUCUGCACAGAGGGGUGUAAACACUGGCGGGUCAAUGGACCAGCCAUCUCUGCAUGCUGGUUUGAACUGUUUUUUUUUUUUUUGCUGCAGGAAGAGGAUUUUGGAACCAAAAUUACAAAUAAUUGUCGACUCCGGGCCAACUGUCACUCUGACUCGAGCCUUUCGAAGGGCGGCUUUGCUCAUGGGUUUGAAUGAAGUGCGGCCAUUUUAAGGGUGCAGAGAGACUCGAGGACUGCGUGUCAUUUCCUCUUGUCAGUGGCGAAGCUUGCAGAUGGGCUAAUGCUCAUCAUGUGUUCUGCAGAGAGCUAUCGACACGGUCACGGGCCUGGGUGUCUGUCGUGCGACCACUUCGACUAUUCCAAAGGAAACAGAGUUAUUGGGAGAGAGUUCACAAGCAUAAAACACACCUGCCUACCUGUGCAUGUAUUUAAUCAAAAAAACCUUUGUAGGGUUAUUUCAAUUGUCAGAAUGCUUGAAUCCAUUCAGUGGUGUGCAGUGGGGGACCAAGCCAUGUCUGGCUGACUGGUAAAAAUGAGGAUAGUCACACAGGCGUGUGUUGGAACGGACACCGGUGUGCCAUUGUGCAUAGUAAACUGUCAAGUGUUAAUUCAACUCUUAACGGUAUUACUUCAACUCAUAACGGAUAACAUUUGGUCCCACUCUGAGUUAGAGUUGAAUUAACACUGGUAGAGUUGAAUUAACACCGGGCAUUUUAUUGUGAGAAGUCCACUAAGGAGCCAAGUCCUGUUUAUCCUGUUAAAUUAAUUUUGUAUUAAAUUAUUCUUACAUUAGUGUUGGACCGUGUAAAUACUUGCAAGCGCUUCUUACGAUAGCAGCUUUCCUUUAUGCAGUGUACGAGUCAAAAUCGGCGCCUGGAGGUAAACGUUUAUGAAGUUUUUUGUUUUUUCAAAAUGUGAGUUGUAGCAUUUUUGUUUCCCUGAAAGAGAUUAACGAAGAGCUUUAUUUCAGUUCCUGUGAAGAAUCCGUUUUCGUUUGGUUUUUUUUCUUGCAGCUGGUCACAGAAUCAGUGCUCUGAGCGUCAGACCUACCUUGUUGGACAUAUUGGCUUUAUUGUCAGUAAGUCUGUAUCUCUAAACUGUAAAUAGACCUCAAAGGUUGUAUUAUUUCUACAGCAUGGAUUUCCCCCCUGACUGUGCUUCUCUCUCUCUAUAUAUAAUGUUGCAUAUAGGCUGUUUAAAACAAUACAUCAAAUAUCUAAGAAAAUUAUGCAUAUUGGAAAAGUAUACUCACUGCCCUUUUAACACAUUAAAAAUCUUUCAUUGCAUCACAGAUACACCUGUUUGUAUUAUUUAUGAUGAAACAUUUCAUACACAGUCCUCUUUUAGUUCUGUAAAUAAAAACACAUACAGUUGUACAGUACCACUUGAAUUAUUUAGUUUGAAAUGGUGGCAUUUUUAUUUUGGUUCAGAUUUUUGGACUGUGUGUGAGAAUAAUAUCGGAGGCUGCUGAUGAAGUCUUAACUGAGUCUCAGCUCUGUAGUUUUAAAGACCUUGGCAAGUGCACUGAUAUCAGAACUGAACUGGCUGGAGUGUAGAAGGCCCUGCAGGGUUAUUUUUUCCCCCCCUUUGUUUUAUUUAAAACUGAAGCAGAAAAUUAAAGCAAUAAGCACGCGCACAGUAUUCAAAACACGCCUUCACCUAAAUGAUAAGAGUUGUUCUGUCGCAAAAGGCAUCAUUACAUUAACUGGUCUUUUGCGCAGUACGCAAACGAAUGCCGGUCACACAGAUUGUUCUUUAGGUAAGACGAUACAUGCCCAGGUUGGGAUUUUUGGAUAGUCCUCUAAUGACUUCCAGAGGUUGAUCGGUCUGGUUAGCAGGAACAGAAUUGCUCAGGUGAAGUGUGUGGAACUAGAUGGCUUAGCCCCAUAGAGGAUUAUGGGCAGGUUGAUCGCUGGGGGUCGCUGUUUGUGUUGGUUUGUCACAUUUCUUAUCUGUGAUUGGUGGUGAUUUAUAAAAGUAUAUUUUUGGUUUACACCACACCACACAUAUAACAAAUGUGCCAUAGGGACAUUAUUGGGAGUUCUGGUGUAACACAAGUGAUGGGAUAUGAGGCCUCAUGUCUUGUGGAACCGUAAUGUGUCAAGCUAAGGAAUGUGUUCAUUGUUUGUGAGACAGAUAAUACUCCGGUCUUGUGUGCUGUCGCAGAUGUCCAUGGUGAUCAAUGUAGAUGAGUUGGUUUCUGAGAACGUAGCUUAUGGCUAGAUAGAAGUCGUUUAACCCUGUAAACUCUACUGUAAUAUUGCUGCAGUCUGUGUUCACCAAUGUUCAGAGCAAAAUUAUUCUCUCAUAUGUUUAACUUGGCACCAGUCUUUUGGUGAGAGUCCUCAAACAUCUGCAGGAGAAUGGGGGGUGUGGUUCGCUGAGAGGGAGUUUGCUCAGGGGGUGGGGUUUACUGAGGGAGAGAUGGCUGAGGGGGUGGAGUCUACCGAAGGGGUUAUGGGUCAGGGGGUGGGGUUUACUGAGGGGAGUCAGGUCAGGUGGUGGAGUCUACUAAGGGCAUUGGCUCUUUGUAUCAGUGUUUGAGUGGGGCUUCUAUUGAGGAAGCUGAACUAGCUGAGAUAGUGACAAGCGAGGUUAACUCAACCCAGACUCAGCUACGACAUGAGUUUUCACUCCAUAAAACAACUUUUCCGCUCGUUUCGUUUAUCGUGUAUAAUUAGGCUAGAUUGCUGUGGAUAAGCUAAGGAGAUGCGGACAGAAACAGCUAUAGGAAGUGGAAUGAGCUGGAUUCACAGCUGUUAUGGCCGAAGAUGCACUAUGAAUAUGAUCUUCCUUUUCCGUAAAUGGCCGCACAUGAGAUGUAAUCCGCCUAAAGAAGCCCCUGAACCUUGCGGUGGUAGAUCGCGGCUUAUCCAGGGUGUCACCUGUUCGUAUCCCAGCAACAGGCAGCAUCAUGGCGCUGUGGGCUGAACUGAGGAAGCUCAUUUAGCAUUGUUUUCUGUUUCACGGUCUUCUCGUAAUGUCUCCCGAAAUGCUCCUUUUUGAGGGGCGGGGCUUGGGGGGGGAGGGUUCUUUUUUAACUGGGAAGUUUAUGCUCUUAGUAGAUUGUCCUUUUUUUAUUGUACUGCGUUAAAGCACUUUCUUUGAUUUGCUUUUGUGUGUUCUGUUCAGGUACAUUUCUAAGGGCAUUUUAUACCUUUUUCUCUUUUUGUGGAUCCAAGCUUGUAGUGGCCUUCACCAGACUGGCAUUCUCCCUCCUGUUUGUUUUGUAAAAUACGUUUAUCUCGGAUAUUUCUGUUUUAUAUUGAUCUCAGAUUUUAUUUUAUUUUAUUUUAUUUUUGUUCUCCUAAAAAAUAUUGGGUCAUGCAAAGUAAGGUGUUAAUUCCCAUAAUUCCCUUAAGCAGCUUAACCAGAAUAAAUGCUUGCAAAAGUUGUAAUUAUGUACAUUUAUGUUUUUAAAGAAAGCAUCAAGAAACCGUUAGCUAUCAUUAAUGGAGUCUUGUUUGAGGCACUGUUGAACACAGCCAUGCCAUCAGCAUAAAUGUGCGUUUGUAAAAUAGAAAUGGGUCGUGUCUGACUGAUGCUGUCGAGCCCAUUGAAAGGGGCUGGAGCUGAGGUGGUUGGUAGUAUCCUGCAUGCAGCGGUCCUUGUUGAUAUUGCAACAUAUAAGAGGUUUACAGCCCAUUAAAAAGAGGCUGAUUGGCAUUAAGCGCGAGACUUUGGUUCCAUAUCGCAUUUCAUUGCAGUUGCUUUUUUGAAAAAUGUAUUUCAGAAGGAAAAAGACAAAUGUGUCCCUGCAAUAUGUUUGUGCAAAAAAUAAUAAUAAUAGUCUUUUUUUUUUCUUUACUUGAAAGCACAGGUUUGCCCCAUGAAGUCCAUGCUUUUUAUUUUGUGUUAUUUUAUUUUGAAUAGUGUAUCUUGUGAAGUCCGGAUGGACAAGACAAGGUGUGUGGGAAUAUGGGGGGUUGCCAGGAGACUAUUCAUUCUUUGACAUUGAUGAGGUUGAGCUUUUCCACAAGGUCAUGAGACCUGCUGUGACUGGGUGAGGGGAGUGUUGAUUUACAUUCAAAACCCGACAUGGCUGGGGUUUUGCCCCAGCAGUGUCGCUUCCGUAACAUUUAUUAUUAUUGAUAAUGAUGAUUAUUAUUAUUAAUAAUAAUGAAUCAUUGUGUGCAGGUGUAUAUGGAAAUCUGGGAAACUGAAAUGUAUGUGUUUGUUUCAACCUUCAGAGUAAUGCCUGAUCUUUCUUUCCUCUGAGCAAAUCAUUCGCAUUCUGUGUGCUGGUUUCCCCCCUGGGGUGUGGGAAAUGGAUGAGUCCAAUAGGGAUUGAGGGGUGAGGGGAAGUACUGGAUUGUUCCAACAGGGAUUGAUUUGGGGGGAGAGGUGCCGUGCACUUUUCAGGAUUCAAUGUGACAAUGUGGGUUCUAUCCUAAUUAACUGCAGGAUCUCUCUCUCUGUCCAUAUAUAUAUAUAUAUAUAUAUAUAUAUAUAUAUAUAUAUAUGAAACACCUCAACAUACACACUUUGCUGCUACUGUUUGUAUUGUCUACAACAGAUUUUCUUGUUAUCUUGCUCCUGGUAGUGUAUUAUGAACGAGCAUGAAUUGUAAAGUAUUUAUUUAAAGAAAAAAAAAAAAGCGAAGUCUUUGGGGGGGAAGGAAAAAUAACCCACUUGUAAAUUAAUUUUCCGUCCAUGUAGCUUUAGAGUUUGUGACAUUUCUUGACCUUUGACCUUGCUAGCUCUGUUAACAGUUCCAUGUUAAGAUCCUAUCAUGUGGUUGAGGAUUUUACGCAGAAGGGAAUAAAUUGGUGAAAAAAAAAAGAAUACACUUGUAUUAGUCAUAUUUACUGAAUAAAAAAAUGUUUUAUUUCCUUGCAUAUAGGACCCACAAGGAUGUGAAAAUGAUCUGCAAGAAACUGUUUUUGUACACUGUACAUCCUUAGUAUUUUUACAGGUAAAUGUAUGAUAGCAAUGUGCACAUUAUUUUACUCUUAACGACUGCUGAAAUAAAGCACUAUGUCAAUCUGU